AUGUCUUCAACAACAUCACAGAAAUUUCGUGAUUUCACCUCAGAGCCGUUGAAAGAUAAAGAUGUAUCAGAAGUGCCUGGAAUUGGACCAAAAUUAUCAAGUAAUUUACAAGGUUCUGGAAUAACGAAAGCGUAUGAAUUGCUUGGUGUUUAUCUGACAUUAUUGAAAGAUAAAGAAUAUUUUCAGUUAUGGAUUCGUGAUAAUGCAGGUGCAAAUAGAAAUCAGGCAAAACAAGCGUGCGAUGCUAUUGAAGCAUUUUGUUCGCAGUUUUUGUGA